AUGGUUAAGGAAGUAGAAAAAUAUGGUCWAGGAGUAGUAGCUCUGCAGGAAAUAAGAUGGAAGGAAGCAGGAAGUAUAGACAUGGGCAAUAUGACAAUCCUUUUUGGGGGGUGUGAUGAAAGAGGACAAUAUGGAGUUGGUUUUGCGGUACGUAAGAAUAUAGUACCAACGAUAAAAGAUUUUAGAAUAAUUAACCCAAGACUGGCGUUGCUAAAAAUAGAGACUAAAUGUUUCGAUAUCGUAUUCAUUAACGUACAUGCACCCACGGAGGACAAAUCACAACAAGAAAAAGAAGAUUUUUAUACUGAGAUAGAACAACUACUAGAAGGGAUUAGUAAUAGCAAAAUAAAAAUUGUACUAGGAGACAUGAACGCCAAAAUAGGGAAAGAGAGAUCAUAUAGACCAACUAUUGGUACCCACAGUUUACACGACAUGACUAAUGACAAUGGCGCAAAACUUGUGGAUAUGGCCAUAGGGAAAGGUCUUAAAGUCAAGAGUACAAUGUUCCCGCAUAAGAACAUACAUAAAGGGACGUGGGUGUCACCUGAUGGUGGGCACGUAAACCAAAUAGAUCAUAUAUUAAUAAAUGAGAGAUUUGCCAAUAACAUAACGGAUGUAAGAACAUACAGAGGAGCUGACUGCGACUCAGACCAUUUCCUAGUGGCUAGUAACCUUAGGGUUAAGCUGAAAACAAUGAGUAGGAAUAUGAGAUCGGAAAUUGUCAGGUAUGAUGUAGAGAAACUCAGGGAUAGUAGGAAAGCUAGAGAAUUUCAAGAGAACAUACAGAAAAUGGCGCGAGAAUUAAACUCAAACCUCGAAACAGUAGAUGAGCAAUGGAAAAUAAUUAAACAUACCCUUGGAAAUGUGUCGGAGAAAGUUUUAGGGAAAGCCCAUAGAACGAAGAAACCCUGGUUUAAUGCUAUAUGCCAAGAAGCCCUGGAAAGAAGGAAAAUAGCAAGAGAAAGAUGGCUAAAUGAUAUUAACAAUCAGGAGGAAGAAAGAAUCUUUAGAGUUAAAAGGAAAGAAGUGCAUAACAUUUUGAGGUGUGAAAAGAGAAAGUAUGUUCAAAAUUUAAUGAGGGAGGCAGAACAAGAUUAUAGGUCACACAAUACACGGCAGCUAUAUCACAAGGUAAAUAGUUUUAAAGGCGGAUAUAGAAGACAAGAAAAAUUUCUGAAAAAGGACGAUGGAAGCCUAGUGACGAAUCAGGAAAAAAUAAUGGAGAAAUGGGCAGAGUACUUUGAAAAGCUACUCAAUUGUGAAGCACCAGUUGAUAAAUUUACAUAUGGACACAACGAACCCAAUGAUGUUCCCUGCCCAAACCCAUCAAAGGAAGAAAUCGAACAACAGAUCAAAAGGCUCAAAAAUCACAAAUCACCCGGGGAAGAUGACCUUCAAGGUUAG